AUGGAAGAUCUAAUGAAUGCUUUCAUUAUUAAGACAGAUGAGAGAUUAGAAACGCAUAGUGCAGAUAUUCGAAACUUAGAGAGGAAUGGCAAAGUAUUGCAAGAUCUAUGGGUAGAAGAGAAGAAUGAGCUGACGGAAAAUCAAGUUAAGAAUGAAGGAGAGCAGAAAAGUGAUAAGCAUAGUAGGAAUGAAGUGAGGGCAGAGCAAGAGAAUGAUUUGAAGAAGAACAACAAAUCUGAAAUUCCAACAAGGAAGAAGAAAGAAAAACAAAGAAAUAAUGAUGAGAUCGAAGAAAGUAAAUAUAUACCUACUCUACCUUUCCCUCAAAAGAAAAGAAGGGAGAAACUGGACGAACAAUUUGGGCAUUUUCUAGAAGUGCUCAAGUACGUGCAUGUGAAUAUACCUUUCACAGAGGUGUUUUCACUGAUGCCAACUUAUGCUAAGUUCCUGAAUGAGAUAUUGUCCAACAAGCGAAAGGUGGAAGAGACGUCGAUGGUCAAGCUCACAGAGUAUUGUAGUACCAUUUUGCAAAAUAAGCUCCGUAAAAAUAAAUUGGAGGGGAAAAUUGGAGAAAUCAGAUCUAUACCUAUGUCCUUGCAGCUGGCGGAUCAAACCACAAUGAUACCUGAAGGAAUAAUGGAAGAUGUGCUAGUUCGGGUGGACAAAUUUGUGUUCCCUGUGGACUUUAUCGUGGUGAACAUGGAAGAAAAUAGGGAAGUCCUUCUUAUACUAGGAAGAUCCUUCUUGGCUACUGGCAGAGCAAUUAUGGACAUUCAAGAAAGGUAG